AUGUUAUACGUGGUUUACUAGACCGCCGAGUCCGAACAGUACCGUGAUUACGAGAGUGUUUUUAUAAUUCCUGGGACAAGCGUUGACGCAAACCUUUCUGAUCGAAAUCGUCUUCUAUUUGCCGCCAAUGCCACCAACGACGCCGAACCAUCGACCACGAAUGCCACCGAUGCCAUGCUGGACGCCAAUCGACGGACUUCAACGCCGACCUCGACUUCGACAGGAGGAAAAAAGGUGAUGAACCACGAGGCGGAUGCUCGAGAUGAAGCCGACACCAACACCACCACAACCACAGCCAAUGAAAAUGCGCCAACCACAGUUCGCACAUGUACACAUUAG